AUGCUCGGCCUGUGCCUUUACGUCCCGGUGUCCAACUCAGACCCGAUUGAAGUGGAAUAUUUUGAGUCUAACGGACUACCGUCGGAGCUGAAGUCUGUCUUCAACAAACUGAGCGUGUUCCUGCCGUCUCAGGAGUUUUCAACCUACCAAAAGUGGCGACAGAAAACUUUAAAAGGGGAAGGACACGACUCGGACGGACAGCUGGACUUUGAAGAGUUUGUUCACUAUCUGCAAGACUACGAGAAAGACCUGAAGCUUGUGGUGCAAAGCCUUGGCAGGAAGAAUGCGGGCCACGUUGAUCCCAAAGAGUUCAUGCAGUCUCUUCGUGACCUCGGUGUGCAUAUUUCCCUGCAGCAUGCGGAGAAAGUCCUUAAGAGCAUGGAUAAGAACGGAAUGAUAACGAUCAGCAGUAGAGACUGGAGCAACUACAUGAUGGUGGAGAAGACGGAGAACAUUCCCGAGAUCAUCCUCUACUGGAAACACUCCACGAUAUUCGAUGUGGGUGAGAACCUGAUGGUGCCGGAUGAGUUCACCAUCGAGGAGAAGCAGACCGGGAUGUGGUGGAGGCACCUGGUCGCAGGUGGAGGAGCGGGAGCCGUUUCCAGGACUUGCACCGCUCCGCUGGACCGAGUCAAAGUCAUGAUGCAGGUUUAUGGAUCCCGAACCAACAACAUGUGCAUCAUGAGCGGGCUGAUGCAGAUGAUCAAAGAGGGCGGCAUGAGGUCGUUGUGGCGAGGCAACGGCGUGAACAUCAUCAAAAUCGCCCCAGAGUCGGCGCUCAAGUUCAUGGCGUACGAGCAGAUCAAACGUUUCAUCGGCAGCGAAAAGGAGACUCUGACCAUCUUGGAGCGAUUUGUCGCAGGGUCUCUGGCCGGCGUGAUCGCCCAGAGCGCCAUCUACCCCAUGGAGGUCCUGAAAACGCGCCUGGCUCUGAGGAAGACCGGGCAGUACGCCGGUAUCUCCGACUGCGCCAAGCGGAUCUUUAGGAGAGAAGGAGUUGGGGCGUUUUAUAAAGGCUACAUCCCCAACAUGCUCGGCAUCAUCCCCUACGCAGGCAUCGACCUGGCAGUGUACGAGACGCUGAAGAACAGCUACCUGCAGCAGUACGGCAUCAACGGCACCGACCCCGGCGUCUUCGUCCUGCUGGCCUGCGGCACCGUGUCCAGCACCUGCGGCCAGCUUGCCAGUUACCCUCUGGCUCUGAUCCGGACCCGCAUGCAAGCUCAAGCUGCAACAGAGGGCAGCCAGCAGGUGACCAUGACGGGUCUCUUCAGGCAGAUCAUGCAGACCGAGGGUCCGACCGGGCUCUACAGAGGCCUGGCCCCCAACUUCCUCAAAGUCAUCCCCGCCGUCAGCAUCAGCUACGUGGUGUACGAGCACCUGAAGACGCAGCUGGGAGUGACAUCGCGCUGAAACCCCACCCCCUCCUUUUUGUCACAUGGCUUCAAAAGCUUGAAUACGACAAGUGACCCUCACCCAAACACCCACCGCAAACCCCGCCCCCUCCCGCCCGUUCCCUUCCAAGGCUCAAGCUAGGGAAUCCCAGGGACCUUUUGUGGCCCCUCUGGGGGUUCGUGGAGCCAUCUCAUUCUGUGAAUGUCAGCUGACGAAAGAGGAGAAAGGACACUGAACGUUGGAAAGGCCAAGGUGGAGGAUAUGAACUCUGUGAGCUCAGGUUGUCAGGAUUGUGACUGCUGCUAUUUAUGUUUUAAGGGGAAACUCAAAUGUGAAGAAUGUGAGUGACUGUAAGUCGAGGACCAAAUGUUUUUGCUCUUCCUGCCACUUUACGUUUUGGUGCCUGAGGAAAAUAUCCAGUUUUGUUUUGUUUUUCAUGUUGGUCUGACAUUGCAAGCUUUGGUCAGUCGGCUUUAAUAUGCAUCACCAGCACUCUUGUUAAAUAACUACUUCAUUUAAAAAAAAAAAAAAACUGAACAGAUUCAAAUACGUGGCAGAUCUAGCAUUAAUAAGCUUUAUUCUUUAACAGUUCUGCCUGUAGGAAGAAAUGAUUGUGUCCCUAGAAGAGAGGAUUUUGCACAUGUGAGUUUGAUCUCUCUCCACCUCCGUCCCGAGUGAAUGGAUUGAUGGCAGCAUUUUCUUAAUGACUGCAGAGUAUUUAUUUCCAUCUAUCCUGUAUUUAUUGCUUUUAUUUUGUAGAAGAGAGAGGAGGUGUAAAAUGUUUUCUGUUGCAUGUUUUCUGUCUGAAGAGCCAAAUGUGCGAUUGAUAACAGUUGUAAAAUGCAGUGUGGUUAUAUUCAGGGUGGGAAAUUAAUACCAGGAAACGGCCUUAACACGUGGCUAUCAAACACUAAGUGUAGUUGUGUGGUGAAUUGUUGAAAAGAGGGUUGGAGCUUGUACUCAUGAGUCACUGUGGCUGGUGUCUGCAUCAACAAAGACUUAUUUUUUUAGUUGCUUAAAGAGUUUAAUGGCAUCGAAUAGCGUCUGUUGAUGUGUGUUUGCCCUUUUUUCUUUUUUUCUUUAAAAAAAAAAAAAAGUACAAACGUCUUAAUGUUCAUCUCAGGUUUAAGGGCAGAUUGAUGUUUUUUUUUUGUUCACAUUUGUACUUGGAAAAACAAGGGCUUGAAAAAGAUGAGCAACAUAAUGCACUUUAAUUAAUGCUGGACGGGCCUCUGAAUGAAUGUCAUAUCAAUCCAGGUAUUAAGAUUAAAUUCUUUGUAUGUUUUAGUGUUUUAAUGGACCAUUUUGAUGCAAAUAAAAGCAAAUUCUUGUCAGA